AUGGAUAAGGGCAUUUCUAGCGUUGGAACUCAGUACAUUAUCUGUGAAUGUGGUGAUAAUUUUCCAAAUGAAAGGUUCCUGAAUAUACAUUUGGCGAACAAUCAUGGAGAAGUGGAAAGCUUUCUUUGCGACCAAUGCCCUGAAGCCUUCACAAGCAACAACAGCCUUAGUCACCACAAAAGGACCCAUGAGAAGAGACAAGAGACACCACGGAAACCCGAGGGGAUCAAGACAUACACUCGGAAGACUCCGGUGAAAAAAGAUCCAGUUGAGAAGAAGCCGCCGGUGCUCAAGCUGAAGAGUUUGAAGAGGAUAGACUCUAUCAGUCUGAUUGAGAAUUUAAAGUCAAUGGGAGGGUUUAUAAAAAUAGAACAUGUUGAAAACAGCCUGGAGCCCGAGCCGGACCCGGAGCCCCCUGAAGCCACCACCAGCGCGCUCGAGGAGGCGACGGAGGAGGAGGCGACGGAGGAGGAGGUGCCGGUGGUGGUGAAGAAUGAGGCCAUCGAGGAGACAGAGGAGAUAUACUACCAGUGCGAUGUGUGCAACUCCAUAUUCUACACGGAAUGGGACUUCAACAUCCACUACCAGAGCAAGCACGCGCUCAAGCUGGAGCCGAGUGCUGCGGAGCUGAUCUUGGAGCAGCACCUCGCCAGCGACCACGGGGUGGAAGCCGUCGCCGUCAAGACGGAGGCUGAAGAGACUGCCUAUUACUAUGAGUGCGAACUGUGCCACAAGAUCUUCGCGAAUGAGAAGUACUUCAACAUACACUACAACAAGACCCACAGCGGCGUUCUGCUGCCGGUCACAGAGGAGGACGAGAUAAUAGAACAACAAGCGCAAGAGGAGGAGCCGGCCCCUGCGCCCGCUCCGGAACCCAAGCCCAAGGCCCCCGAGCAAGUCAUAUACUACAAAUGCGACCUGUGCAAGAUCCUGUACCCGAGCGAGAAAGCCUACAACUUACACUUCGACAAGAAGCACGGCGGGCAAAGUUGCCAGGAGCAGACUGGAUUCCAGCUCUUAGACCAGGAGCUCACUGAAGAAUACGGGGAGGUGCCUCUCGAGAUAUACUCCUGCGAAUACUGCUCCAAAACGUUCACAAUGAAGCGCACGUUCCAACUGCACCGCAAGAGGGCGCACGGCGAACAGAUGCGCGCGCGCGCCGAGCAGGCGCGGAGCGCCAGCCGCAGCAAGGUGUGCGACGUCUGCGGCCGCGCCUACAACUCUAAUGCCGCGCUACGCUACCACCAGCGGCGCCACACCGGAGAAAAACCCUACGCCUGCACCAUCUGCCCCAAAAAGUUUACCAUGCCCAUGUUCUUGCAGAUCCACAUGCGAACACACACAGGCGAGAGGCCGUACGAGUGCCCGCACUGCCCCAAAGCCUUCACCAACAAGGCCGCGCUCAUUCGCCACGACCGAGUUCACACUGGCGUGAAGCCCUACCAAUGCCCCGAGUGCGGUAAAUACUUCACCCAGUCCAACUCCAUGAAGCUUCAUGUCAGCACCGUGCAUCUCAAGCUGCCGGCUCCAUACAAGAGCAAGAGCCGCCGACACCGGAGCGAGGCGAGGGCUCUACAACUCGCUCUCAAGAGCCUGCCGCACGAAGAGGAACUUGUGCUAGGAGAAUAGGUUAUUAUACGAAACUAAAAUAGGCUAGUUUCCUGUACUUUAAAUAAA